GGAAGGGGGGGGAACCUGGGCAGCGGCCGGGCUCUGUGGCUUCAGGGCUUGGAGAGAGAGAGAGGGAGGGUGGCAAAGGUAGUGAGUUGGUGCCGCCGCCUGUCUAAGGAGAGAGGAGGGGUCCCGCUUGCCUGCGCCCUUCACGGGCCGAGAGCGCGAGGCACCGGCGAACCUCUGAGGCCUCCCGGCCCCUGGGGACCCCGCCCCGCCGCCGGCCGGCCGGCCCGCGGCCUCUCUUCCCUUUGUGAGCGCCCCCUUCCCAGGGGUGGUGGUGGUGGCGGAGGGCUGUGCGUGGGCCCGCCCGCCGAGGGGCCGCGGCGGGGGACGAGGGGGCCUCGGCUGUGUGAGGACGGAAGGCGGCCGAGGCCCGGGCCGGUUCCCCCGAGGCGGCGGCGGCGGCGGCUCCCAGCACUUCCCCGCGCCAUCUUAGCUGAGCCCAAGCGCUGAGGGCGCCUCCUCGACCCCGGUCGUCCCCUCGCCCCCUCCCCCCCUGCCCCUUGUCGCAGAGCUUGGGCUGGGCGGCUUGCUGGGGCUCCGGGGGGGGGGGGCGGCGGUCGGUCGCCAGGCCCCCUCCUCCUCACUCCUCGCCCUCCAGCGUAGCGGCUACCCGAGCGCUGCAGGGGGCUGCGCUUGCCUACUCCGCCCAGACCUGUCGGCGAAAGGUUAUGCCAGCGUGGCUUCAUUCAUACAGAUGAACCAGGGAUUGGGAUAGCAGUAUAAAAUUAGAAUCAGAGAACUGAUUGCCCAGCAGGAUGCCAUCAACCAACCGAGCGGGCAGUCUGAAGGACCCUGAAAUUGCAGAGCUCUUCUUCAAAGAAGACCCAGAGAAGCUCUUCACAGAUCUCAGAGAAAUUGGCCAUGGAAGCUUUGGAGCAGUAUAUUUUGCACGAGAUGUGCGCACCAAUGAAGUGGUGGCUAUCAAGAAAAUGUCUUACAGUGGGAAGCAGUCUACUGAGAAAUGGCAGGAUAUUAUUAAGGAAGUCAAGUUUCUACAAAGAAUAAAACAUCCCAACAGUAUAGAAUACAAAGGCUGCUAUUUACGUGAGCACACAGCAUGGCUGGUAAUGGAAUAUUGCUUAGGAUCUGCUUCAGAUUUACUGGAAGUUCACAAAAAGCCAUUACAAGAAGUGGAAAUAGCAGCAAUUACACAUGGUGCUCUCCAGGGAUUAGCCUACUUACAUUCUCAUACCAUGAUCCAUAGAGAUAUCAAAGCAGGAAAUAUCCUUCUGACAGAACCAGGCCAGGUGAAACUUGCUGACUUUGGAUCAGCUUCCAUGGCAUCUCCUGCCAAUUCUUUUGUGGGAACGCCAUAUUGGAUGGCCCCAGAAGUAAUUUUAGCCAUGGAUGAAGGACAGUAUGAUGGCAAAGUAGAUGUAUGGUCUCUUGGAAUAACAUGUAUUGAACUAGCGGAAAGGAAGCCUCCUUUAUUUAAUAUGAAUGCAAUGAGUGCCUUAUAUCACAUAGCCCAAAAUGAAUCCCCUACAUUACAGUCUAAUGAAUGGUCUGAUUAUUUUCGCAACUUUGUAGAUUCUUGCCUCCAGAAAAUCCCUCAAGAUCGCCCUACAUCAGAGGAACUUUUAAAGCACAUGUUUGUUCUUCGGGAGCGCCCUGAAACAGUGUUAAUAGAUCUCAUUCAAAGGACAAAGGAUGCAGUAAGAGAGCUGGACAAUCUGCAGUAUCGAAAGAUGAAGAAACUCCUUUUCCAGGAGGCACAUAACGGACCAGCAGUAGAAGCACAGGAAGAAGAAGAGGAACAAGAUCAUGGUGUUGGCCGGACAGGAACAGUGAAUAGUGUUGGAAGUAAUCAGUCUAUUCCCAGUAUGUCCAUCAGUGCCAGUAGCCAAAGUAGUAGUGUUAACAGUCUUCCAGAUGCCUCAGAUGACAAGAGUGAGCUAGAUAUGAUGGAGGGAGACCACACAGUGAUGUCUAAUAGUUCUGUCAUCCAUUUAAAACCUGAGGAAGAAAAUUACAGAGAAGAGGGAGAUCCUAGAACAAGAGCAUCAGAUCCACAAUCUCCACCUCAAGUGUCUCGUCAUAAAUCACACUAUCGUAAUCGGGAACACUUUGCUACUAUACGGACAGCAUCACUGGUUACAAGGCAAAUGCAAGAACAUGAGCAGGACUCUGAGCUUAGAGAACAGAUGUCUGGCUAUAAGAGAAUGAGGCGGCAACCAAAGCAACUGAUGACUCUGGAAAAUAAGCUAAAGGCUGAGAUGGAUGAACAUCGCCUCAGAUUUAGACAAAGAUCUUGAACUCAGCGUAACAAUUUUGCUGCAGAGAUGGAGAAACUUAUCAAAAAACAUCAGGCUGCUAUGGAAAAAGAGGUGACUGAUUCAGUAUUAUUAAUUUUGAUGGCCAAUGAGGAGAAAAAAUUUCAGCAACAUAUUCAGGCUCAACAGAAGAAAGAACUAAAUAGUUUUUUGGAGUCCCAGAAAAGAGAAUAUAAACUUCGAAAGGAACAGCUUAAGGAGGAACUGAAUGAAACCAGAGCAACCCCAAAAAAGGAAAAACAAGAAUGGCUUUCAAAGCAGAAGGAGAAUAUACAACAUUUCCAAGCAGAGGAAGAGGCUAAUCUUCUUCGACGACAGAGGCAAUACCUAGAGCUGGAGUGCCGUCGCUUCAAGCGAAGUGUUACUGGACGCCAUAACUUGGAGCAGGACCUUGUCAGGGAGGUAUUUAAUAAAAGGCAGACAAAGGACUUAGAGCAUGCCAUGCUACUGCGACAACAUGAAUCCAUGCAAGAACUGGAGUCCGUCACCCUCAACACAAUUCAGAAGAUGCGCUGUGAGUUGAUCAGAUUGCAGCAUCAGACUGAGCUCACAAACCAGCUGGAAUAUAACAAGCGAAGAGAACGAGAACUAAGGCGAAAGCAUGUCAUGGAGGUUCGACAACAGCCUAAGAGUCUGAAGUCUAAAGAACUCCAAAUAAAAAGCAGUUUCAGGAUACCUGUAAAUCCAAACCAGACAGUACAAAGCAUUAAGAAUCACCUACUGGAGACUACACCAAAGAGCGAGCACAAAGCUGUUCUGAAACGGCUCAAGGAGGAGCAGACCCGGAAGUUAGCCAUCUUGGCUGAGCAGUAUGACCACAGCAUUAAUGAAUUGCUCUCCACACAAGCUCUACGUUUGGAUGAAGCACAGGAAGCAGAAUGCCAGGUUUUAAAGAUGCAGCUGCAGCAGGAACUGGAGCUAUUGAAUGCAUAUCAGAGCAAAAUCAAGAUGCAAGCCGAGGCACAACAUGAUCGGGAGCUUCGAGAGCUUGAACAGAGGGUCUCCCUCCGCAGGGCACUCUUAGAACAAAAGAUUGAGGAAGAGAUGUUGGCUUUGCAGAAUGAACGCACAGAACGAAUAAGAAGUCUGUUGGAGCGCCAAGCCAGAGAAAUUGAAGCUUUUGACUCUGAAAGCAUGAGACUAGGUUUUAGUAACAUGGUCCUUUCCAAUCUUUCCCCUGAGGCAUUUAGCCACAGCUACCCGGGAGCUUCUGGUUGGUCUCAUAAUCCUACUGGGGGUCCAGGACCUCACUGGGGUCAUCCCAUGGGUGGCCCACCACAGGCUUGGGGCCAUCCAAUGCAAGGUGGACCCCAACCAUGGGGUCACCCUUCAGGGCCAAUGCAAGGGGUACCCCGAGGUAGCAGUAUGGGAGUCCGCAAUAGCCCUCAGGCUCUGAGGCGGACAGCUUCUGGGGGACGGACAGAGCAGGGCAUGAGCAGAAGCACGAGUGUCACUUCACAAAUAUCCAAUGGGUCACACAUGUCUUAUACAUAACUUAAUAAUUGAGAGUGGCAAUUCCGCUGGAGCUGUCUGCCAAAAGAAACUGCCUACAGACAUCAUCACAGCAGCCUCCUCACUUGGGUACUACAGUGUGGACGCUGAGUGCAUAUGGUAUAUUUUAUUCAUUUUUGUAAAGCAUUCUGUUUUGUGUUUACUAAUUGAGAUGUCAUAGCAUUUGGCUGCCGGGUUUUGUUUUGUUCUUUAACUUCUGGAAAAAUUUUGAAAGGGGAAUUGUGUGUAUGUAAAAAGAAAUUGGCUAGAUUGGGGGUAAUUUUUGAACACUGCAAAAAUAGAAUACAACAUAGUGGCGUGAGUCAUCACUUUGGGGCUACUGUAUUCUAAGAAAUUUGUGAAAAGAUCUAAAGCCUUCCCCACACCCCAAAUUCUUAUGAGCCACUCACAGCAGGCAGGCAGCAUAUGUUGAGCCAAGUGAUUAUGGAAACACACCUGUAUCCCCUCACCAGUGUAUUUUCUUUAUUAAAUUGGUCUGACUUCUCGGCCUCAUUUGGAGUAAAAGAGUAGAAAUUCACGAACACUAAAGAGUUGCAUUGACUUUUACAGAGAGUAGAAAACAACUUAGUUCUUUUUCUGAAUGCUGCAUAGGUUUGUCAGUUUUUGUUUUUGUUUUGUCCGUUCAAUUGUGCCUUCUUUGUGGCAUGGUGAGAUGGAGGUGCUUCAGGAGAUCACAAGUUGUGUGGGAAUUGCAUCAACAAACCUGUGAGCCUUCAAAGGGGAGACUGGAAGGUGAGAGAGGCCCCUGAAAGUUCAUGUGGUGGGUAUGUUCAGCAGCAGAGUGAGGAGAUGAAGCCUAUAUAUCCUAAUGUUUUAUUGCUUUUACUGUGAUAUCUCAUCCUAGCUAAGCUCUAUAACUCCCAAGACCCCAAACAGUACUUUUACUUUGUACAAAAACAGACAUAUAGCCAAUAUAAAUCAAAUGCCAGAGGUAUUUGAAGGAUGCCAUAUUUGCAAACUGCCAUCCAUUGGAAUUCUCAUUACACUACAUAGACAUAAUUUGAUUAUCCUCCCCCUUUUGGCUUAUGGGAUUUCCUGUUUACAAGUAGAAUAGCCAAUUAUUUAAAUAUUUAGUUGCCAUAGUGAACCAGGAGUCACUGAGCCAAUGACUUUACCAGCUGCUGACUAAUCCUCAUCACCACUGUAGAUUUUGCUGCAUGUGCAGGUCCUUUUUUUUUCUUUUCUCUCUCUCUCUCUCUCUUUUUUUUUUUUUUUUUUUUUUUUUGGCUGUUUUUGUUGCUGCAGUACUUUACAAACUUUUAGUUCCUUGAGACUUAGUGACUAUUUGGCAUCAUGUUAACAUCACACAGUAGGAAACACCACUUCCAGAAGUCUCUAGCCUCAGUGCUAAAGUACUACUGAAAAGGAACUAUCAAGUUUGGCAAAUUAAAAAAGACAAAAAAAAAGGUUAAGUAAGUUAUAGUGGUCAGGGAAUCUCUUAAUGAAAGCUAACUUUUUUUUUUUCCCCAGAGAGGGGCAUGUUUUGUUUUGUUUUAUGUUUUGCAAUGAAGGAUCAACCCAACGCUAAAAGUCAGAUGUUCCUUGGCAUUCCACACCCAGUGUGGAAAUUGAGUUGAAGGUGGUUAAGGAGCUAUGAGUAUGACUUGAAGGAAAAAAAAUGUCCUUCCCAGUGACAGAUCAGAGUUUCUUACAAGUUAUUGCCCUGCCCCCUCCCCAGUUGUCUUGAAGAACCCUUGCUACUAACUCUGGGUCCUCAUUUUCAUGUGGUCAGAGGACUCCAAGUUAGAAUUCCCUAAGUCUCACUCAGUGACACCUAGACCUGAGUGAUGACCAAACAGUAAUCUAUCACUGUUGAAAUCUUGGUUUUUCUCAACCAAAUUUAAGUCUUCCCCAGGUAUGUCAGCCCAAUCUCCAUGAAGCCUCCCCUUUAGGAGUUUCUGGCAUUCAUUUAAAGGUAACUGGAAGAAAAAUUAAUAUUUCAAUGUAAAUUUUUAAAAAACCAAGGUAACAGUAGAAUUCACACUCAGUUUAGGCAGUGUUUCAGAUAACACUAUGAUACAUUGUCCUUUUGACCAUGCUCAUGAUCACUAGUUAUUAGGUGAAUAUAACAUGCACUUGUCCUAGCUAAUGAAAGGGGCUUCUGAUUUUCUGAAUCUCUCUUUUCUGGCAUUAAAAUAUUACCAUAUUUCAAACAAACUGAGAUAUAUACCUGUUUGGAGGAAAAUGAUAGGAGAGCUCUUUAGAAUUAAUUAAAUGUCCAAAAAUGUAAUGGAAUUUUAUAUAUUUCAAAAAACUAUCAUUCAGUCUGGCCAAUCUGUACUACUGGAGGGGGUGGAAUAUGGAAGCAGAUCAGUUUUGCGUACGAAACUCUUUAAAAUCCAAAAUACUACCCGUGAUACAUGCUAGAGUCUACUUGUGGACUUAGUCAAAUCGAGUUAUUGAGUUCAUAUAUACUUUUAAAAUCGUGAUUGAGUACUGACUCCGCAUGUCUGUCCAGUAGGGCUUUGUAUCUAUCUGAUUGAAUUGCAUGACAGCCAGUUUCACAUGUAGGUCAUGACUAUACCUGGAUUAUUCCAUUAAGUUAAUUUAAUUAAAAUAUUUAUAGUUUGCAAAAAUAAUUUCACUUAAUUGGUUUGUGUGAUCUGACUUCUGAGGAAUCUCAUACAUGGUAGGACUCAUCAAAGAGUAAAGCUUGUAGCAGGAAAAUAUGAAAAGUUUUGAGAGAUCCUAAAGAAAGAAGCAGGCACUUUCUGAGUCAGUGUACAAAUGUCAACAUUUGAUCAAAUUAAUACUACCUCCUCCCCAGUGUUGGUGUUCACUUGGUAUAUAUGUAUUUAAGAAAAUAAAAAGUAUGGGAAAUUUGUCCAGCAUAUCAGAACGUUGUAAAUGCUAUAUCUGGUAUCCAGAGCUUGGCAGUAAAAAGUUUCUUGUGUUCACUGUCUCUCCCAUUUUUUAAGUUAGCAUUUUAAAAAUGCAAAACCUCAUACCUUGAAAUAUAUUAUUCCUAAUUGGGUUUCCUUCCUUUUGCACAUACUUUUUCUCUUCUUAUUAAAGUUAGCUCUAACCCCAAAUUAUAGGAUCUGAAAGUAUUUUCAUGAUAUAGAGAAUGUUAGCUGGAAAAUGUGUUUAUAUUGUUUUUACUUAGAGCUGCCAGUCCUUUUAGUCCUUUCUAUGCCUAGAGAUGAAUAGUCCUGCGUUUGAACCACCCCCAGGUAUAAUAUGCUUGGUACCCAAGGCCAAGGGUUUAUUGAUAAAUUGAACUUUUUAGCAAAGUCAUUAUGAUUUUCAGCUACCUAGACAUCAAGGCCAUUCAGUACACUAAAACUGUCCUUGACACUCCUCCCUAUUUUUCCUCACCCCCCAUCCCCAAAUCGAAAACUCUAUGAGUAUCUUUCUCAGACCGUAAGGCUGACUUUAGUAACUUUCUACUUCUUUAAGUACUAAAUGUCUGGCAUUUUAAACUUUUAUAGAAUACAUUGUGUUGGACACUGGAAUAAUACUGUUUAUUUUCACCUGUGAAAAAAUGACUAUUGUACUUGAAACACCUCCUUUGCAUUUCUCCAUUUGUGCCAUUCACUAGUGGAAAUAAAUUGUAUUAUACCAUGAUCUACUGGCUUUUUAAAACUGUGUUAAAUAUGCACAUUUUGGUAUAGUUAUUAUCAUUUGUAUGUAUAUACUGUAUAUACAUAUGAGUGUCUAUAUGUGUGUAUAGAUAGAUGGAUGUAAUUCAUACUGUACAUUUCCAUCAGGGUGCUUAAGGUUCUGUUAUUUUGUUAUUUCAGUCCUCAGUUAAGGCAAGAAUGCAUGUGUUUCUUAAGAAUGAGUAUUCUGGGUUGAUAUUUAUGAGAAGGUGGUCAUUAGAUGCAAUCUUUUCUUUUUUACUCCCUUCUUAGCACUUGUGUGGGUGGAAAGAAAGUUAAGUAAAUGUGGAACCAUAAGUUGCAAUGCAGUAAAAUAAUGCCAGGGGAGGAGCCAGUUAGUGUCUCUGUGAGUUUGUGUUGUGAUGCAAUAAACGAUAAGUGGUGCAGAGAGAAAUGAACCGUGGAAAUUACAAACACUGGUGGUGAUUCCUCUGCCAAGAUGAUGAAAAGAACCAGUAAGUCACAGUCUCCAUGUGCGCGAUCUCGGUGUAUUUCUUAGUAGUGAUGCCAUUGAUCCUCUUGCUCUUUUUACUCCAUUGAUACUAACACUUACACAUUUUGCUAAGGACCAAAACAGCCAAGAAAGGAAUUACUGCUAAAGCAUCUAAGGUUCUCCUAAACAGUGAGAUCAACAGGAAAUGGCCACUGGGAGAGAAGGAUAUGGUAUUGGUGUGGGGCUUUCUCCCUUGAGCUGCCUCUUCUUGCUUGCCAAUAGUUAAGUUCUUCAUGCACCUUCCAGCUCUUCUGAGCCACUACUAUUCAAGCACAGAUUUGGCCCAACACAGCAACCCUUUCCUGGGAGGUUUAUAUGGUCCUGCAUUCUGUCCCAUGCUUACAAUGUGAAGUGUGUAGUGUGUAUUCAAGUCAGAAAAUAAUAUAUUUAAGGUAUAGAAGUGUGAAUCUCCUAUAAUGAUGGAAGAAGAGGUUCUUGUUUCUUAGAUAGAAAACUGCCUUCUCUAAGGAACAAAGCCAAAACUUGGGCUGUCAUCUUUGAGCUGCUUACCAAAAUACAGAUCAUUAUUAAAGAGAGACAAAGUUUCUCUUCUUUUCCCUCACCUAACAUGAUAGUGCCCCUGAGGUUGUAGCAUUGCCUUUGAGAAGGCGCUCACUUACUCUUAAGUUGAGAACUGGAAAUUUCCCAUCCUCAGAUUCCCUAAAGGAUGAAGGCUGUGCUGUACACUUAGCAGACUUGCCUCUUGUAUGCAAGGACUACUGAUUGAAGUCUGUCUUGCUGUGUGUGUGGUUAUGUUGUCUGCACUUUUAUGAAAUCACCACAAUAGGUGCAUUGGAAAUGACUAUUAAUUUGUAAGGAAGUAAGUUUUAUUUAAACAUUGUCUAGAAAAAGAAAGUGAAGCUGAGAACUCUUCCGUUAUUGUGCAUUUAUAUUUUUCUGCUGAAUUCCGGUAGCCCCCUUUAAAGUCACGUUGACUAAGUUUUCCCUCGUUUAUAUUCAAAUUUCCAAAAUUUCACUCACACAAAGGAAGAGAACCUGUUUGGCCUAAUGACAGUCUUCAGAUUACAAGAAAUAUAAAUUAAUAUGCACCUUAUCUGCCUCUUGUGGGUUUCUUAAACUUGCACUUCCCUCCCACCCACCCAAAAAUAGAUAUCUUUAAAGAAAAUACAGGCGGAGAAUUAAAACUGGGGAGCCAUUUACUAUGUCACCAUCACUGUUAACUGUUUCCCAGCAAUCCUAACUUUUUGAAGUUGCGGAGAGAUUUUUUUGCGUGUAUGUAUGUGUCUGUCUGUGUCGGGUUUAUUUUUUGAUUUUAAAUAUACAAGAAAUUCUUCUUUAAUGUAGACAAAAGUGAAUCCUCUCUGAAACAGGAUGCCCACUGGAUAUACCAACCUGGACAUCUGUAGGUAGUUUGCCAUGGAAAAGUGGAGAGAAGAUGAGAUUUCUGAAUGAAUGAAAAGGGUGUCUUGAUGCCCAAGGAGCCCUCCCCCCGCCCCCCAAGUACGGGUAAUUCAGCCUGCACAGUUUCCUUUUCACUCAUAGUUUUUAUCAAUUAUGAGUGAAAAAUCAUGUAAUUAUCUGUAAAUAUGUAGCUAACAAAUUGACCUAGUUUCUGUAUUUUUUUGUUUUUGUACUAAAGUUUAUAAGUCUGUGCCAGCUAGAGAGGAGUUGCUGUCAUUGCCAGUUGUGGUCCUAGCAUCUAAUCCUGAAACCAUCCUAGGUGACAUUUUUAGAAUUAAUGCUUAACUGUUGUUGAACAGGGGAAAGUGAAGCUUAAUCGGUCAGGUUUUACAUCUUUUGAAGCAAAGUCAUUUUAUUUAAUAUAAUGAUUACAUGUUUUCGAUCAUGAAUGAGGUAGGGAGCCUCCCUCCCCCAGUGGCCAUGUUUACAGACGUGUGUUUUGUCUAUAAAGUGCAAGAGUUUUAAUGUUUAUGUAAAUUAUGCAGGUGAUAACAUUAUGGCUUGGAACUGUUUAUUGGGCUCUGUAGCUGAACUUUCAGUGAAAUGAACUAUGUGAAUUGCUGGCACAUUGAUCCCAUUUCUGGAGUAUUUUUCUAUUUCCAGAAUUGCAUAUGUUCCUUUGUCAUUAUCCCCACUAAACCUUUCUCUGAAAUGCCUUGUAGCCUAAGGUAUUACAGGCUGGUAAAUAUAGACGAGGGAAAUGCAUUUUAAAAAACCCGUGAACCGUCGUUUGUAUGCAUUCAGUACUGAUAUGUUUCAGUGGCAACUCUGAGGUCAGUGGAGUUUAGCAAAAUGAGAUACCAAUGUUAAUGAAAAGUGUGUACUCUUUGCUUUUGCAUGGCUUGGCUUAGCUUCAAAGGUGUAUUAGGGCCACUUGAAAGCAUGAAAACCAGUUGUAUGGGAACAGGUUUCUCUCAGUGGCACAUUUUGCUUUUUCUGAGCCCUCAAGUACAUUGCCUCAGCAUGAACAUUAUUGUUACUAUAAGUUGCACAUGGUCAUGGAGUGAAUUACGUGAUUUAAAAAGAUGUAACUGCUUAAUGUUUUCAGAUUCUGGCUGGUCCAUGUGACUAUUUGGCACAUAUCAAACAGUGGGAGAGGGGUGUCCUGGACCCUUCUAACCCCCUUGUUGUCAUAGACAACUAUAUUUAGUUUAUUAAGAUGUUGGCUGCCCCUGGUGUGUUGCCAGAUAGCUCUUUUUUGGUGCCCAUUCCAAAUGUGCUUCCUUGCAUUUCAUAAUAUCAAAGAAACCACCACCCUUCUCCCUAACAUUUUAUGUGUUACACAUUUUCUUCCACAUUAAAUGGGAAUUGUGCCUACUUAGAGUGCCCCUCCAAUUAAUUACAUGUAUGUGUCCUAAAAUAAUCCAAGCCAGAGACACAAGGUGGAAGAAUUUUUUUAAAAAGUCCACUUGAGGCCAGUAAUUUAUCUGACAAGAUAUUUUACCACAUUGUCUUGACACUUGAUAUAUGAGCCUAUUAGGAGUUGCAGGUGGUUUCAUAGGGCAAAAUCCAAGUGGAGAGGAUAUGUGGGGUUUCUAUUAGAAGAUAAUUUUCUUCGUAUUUUACCUUUCCUUUUAUGAUCCUUCUGUGCUAGGUUAGAAUAGGUUAAUGCUCCAAAUUUAUUGAGUUUUGUUUUUUAUCUUUUAGAGAAAUUUUUACAAAAGCAAUGGUCUGAUGUAAAUAACAUUUUAAAGUAAUAGUGCACAUACCUUUCCCAGACUGUUCCAACCAGAUAAUUUGUAAAUGCUUUAGAGUUUUUUAAAUUAACACUUGUGUUGCUAAAUCCUAUUUAUGUAAGUCUGCUAAAAUUUUUAACCCAUUUAAAACUUAAAACGAACAUUUAAAUAAUGGAUGGGUUACUCUGAGCAACCUAGCUUUCAGAACCCCCUUGUUUUAGUGUAUGAAAAAGCCUAAUGCGCAUUAAUGAGGUUGGAGAGACUUUGAGAAAUAUGUAUAGUGUAUAUUUUAAAACAGCUUUGCUUGUAUUGUGAAGAUUUAAAAACAAACUUGAGAUUUUUAACGUAACUAUUAACACAGUUUUAACGUAAGUUAUCCCACUGGGUUUAAGAGCAUCUUGAAUGUAUAAUCCUUUUGGUAACCCAGGUUGGUUUCUGCUUUCACCAGUCAUCCAAACAUAUUAUUUAUGUUUUUAGUUUUAUAUACUCAUUUCCCUUUGUUUUCCUCAACCAGCAUGAUUUUUUUGCACAUGUAUUGUAGAAAUUUUUAAGAAAAGUUAAAAUACGUCGUUUUCUCUGAAUUUCCUUCACUUCUCUCUUCCUUUCUACUAACCCCUUACCUUACAGGCCACAUCGCUCCAUUUGCAUCAUUUGUGCAAAUGCCAGGGUUGGUUUUUAUUUUUAUUUUUGCUAUUUACCUAAAAAAAGAAAAAAAAAGAAAAAGAAAAAUGCUUCAGUCAAUUGCUUUUUUAUUUAAAAAAGAAAAAAGAAAAGAAAAAAAGCUGUAACCUUAUCAUUUCCGAGUAGACCAUUGAGAGAUGAAUGCACACCUGUAAUGGCCCAGGACCAGCUCUGGUGGCUAAAGGGAAUAUGUUAACUAAGCAAGAAGUUCUUUUCUAAAAGUGGUUUAUAUUAUUCACGAUCUCUUUCCGUUAUUCCCACAAGUCAGGGGUCCAGAUAAAAUGAGGGUUAUCAGCUAACUGAUAUGUUAUCAUUGAGGUUCAUCAAUGAAUUUGUACAUUUCUACUUCCCUUUGGUGAAGGGAAAAAUGAUGAUUUUGCAAGACCUAGAUUUUGGCUUGGUUUCUUGCCUCCUUUUUUGGCAGCCUUCAUCUUCUCAUCUCCCAAAGCCCUUGAGCCUGUAGGGUUUUCGCGGUAGACAAAGGACUUGUGGUCUUUUAAAACUAGGACUGAUUUUUUUGGUGAGAGAUUAUCAUGUUGAAAGUGAUGUUCUGCCACUUUACUGAUGACUAAUUUUAAAUAUACACAGUCCUCUCAAUUUUCGGACCAAACAGAUGCCCACAGUGGAGGCUUAUCAAGGGUUGCAAUGGGGAAGAAGCCUCUCCCUCACUGUCAGCACCAGCUGGUAAAGGUGACUGUACAGAUGUGCAUUUUCCUUUUGGUAGAAAUGGUCCGCAGCACUAACUGGUAAGGCUUAUUGUACAGUAUAUUGUCAGUAUUCUUCUGGUUCAACAUACCUUAUAGUUCAUAUAUAACCUGUAUUAAUUGUAUAGAUUGUGCAUUUAAAGCUGUUACCAAGUUGUCAGAACAUAAGAGCGAAAACAAGGUCAUAUGUAAUAUUUUGUUUGUAAGUAUCCUUUGUAUCAUAGCAAAGGAAAUGUUUAAAAAAAUCAACUGUAAUAAAGUAAUUUUAGUACACAGA